AUGGCGCUUGAAAGUUUGGAUCAUGACAAAAGCAGUGACGAGAGCUUGCAAGACCUGGGAAAGACUGAUAUAUCACCAACUCCAUUGGGGAUAGAUCCCGGCGGAAGCCAUCAAGAUGCAAGGAAACGGCGACGAAUUCCGAUACCAGGUGCUGGAAUAUGGCUGGAUCUACAGGACAAGCUACCUGUUUAUUGGCAGGACUGGAAGGAUUCGUGGGAUUAUCGGGUUAUUCCGUCUGUUCUGAAUACAUACUUCAGCAAUCUUUUGCCAGCUUUGGCAUUUGCACAGGAUAUGUUCGAUAGAACAAACCGCUCCUACGGGGUCAACGAAGUAUUAUUGUCCUCAGGCAUGGCCGGUCUAGUAUUUGGUAUCCUAGGCGGACAGCCUUUGUGCAUAGUGGGGGUUACGGGCCCUAUUUCUAUAUUCAAUUAUACCGUUUAUGAGAUCAUCAAGCCCCUGAACACGAACUACUUUGGAUUUAUGUUUUGGAUUUACAUAUGGGCAAUGAUCUUUCACCUCAUUAUGGCGUUCAGCAAUUCGGUGGCUCUUCUGCAGUACGUGACGGCUUUUCCCUGCGAUAUAUUUGGGCUUUUCAUCAACGUUGUCUAUAUCCAGAAAGGCAUUCAAAUUUUAUCCAGACAGUUUAACAGUGAGGAAGGCGGCGAGGACAUACCUGCGGGUUUUGCCAAUAUUGUGGUAAGUUUAUGCAUGGUUAUUUUUGGACUUACUUUCAAAAACAUAAGGCGAACGCCACUGCUCAACCAUACAUUGCGUACUUUCAUCUCUGAUUAUUCUAUGCCGUUGUCAGUUCUUUUCUGGUCAGCGUUUACCCAUUUCGGCGGAUAUUUGAACGAUAUACACUUCCAGAAACUGCCUGUGACCAAAUCGUUUCGACCCACAGAUAAGACACAGCGAGAUGCUUCUACAUGGUUGGCCUAUGAGCCGAUUCCUGUUAAAGAUGUCUUUAUCGCAUUGCCUUUUGGAAUUAUUGUAACCAUUCUGUUUUAUUUCGAUCACAACGUGUCAUCCUUAAUGGCCCAGAGGACUUUUUAUAAACUGAAGAAGACCGCUUCAUUCCAUUUUGACUUUGCCCUUCUGGGCCUCACCACAGGGGCAAGUGGUGUUUUGGGAAUUCCCGCUCCCAACGGACUUAUUCCACAAGCACCAUUGCAUACUGAAUCGCUGCUGGUUUACGACGAAGAGGGCAAUGUUGUCAGGUGUGUCGAGCAAAGAUUUACCAAUACCGUGCAAGGUUUGAUGGCCAUUGGUACAAUGACGCGGCCGCUUCUAGUCUGUCUGGGCGAAAUUCCUCAGGCGGUCCUAUCAGGCUUGUUCUUUAUGAUGGGUAUUGACGGAUUGAUGAACAAUGUGAUUGUAGCCAGGGUUUUGUGGCUCUUCACUGAGAACAAGAGGAAAGAUCCUGACCCACUUGGCAGAGUCCCGCUGAAGAAGCUACUGAUUUUCUUGGCCUUCAGCCUAGCCGGCUUUGUUGGUGAAUUUUCAAUAACCAAUACUGUAGCGGCUAUUGGAUUCCCGCUCAUUCUACUCCUAACAGUUGCGGUAAGAUUUGCAUUCUUCAAAAUCUUCACGAAAGAAGAGCUUGCAAAUCUGGAUCAUGAAGCUGCAGAGGAGUUCACCAUGAAGAACCUGCUACUGGAGAAUCUUCGACUGGUGGGCAGCAACUGA